UAUCACAGACGAUAGUAAAUUUGUAUAUCUUUAGGUGUCAGCAACAAAGCAAAUGGCGAAUAUUCUCAAAGAAAUAUUUAUCAAAUAAACGAAAUCUAAUUUCAAAAAUUUUUCUUAUUAAUUUUUCAUUAUGCCAAUAUUUAUUAUAUAACAAUCAUUCAUAUUUCGUAUUUUUCUUAUAAACAGUUUCGUGUGAAUUUCUCGUAAAAAUCGAUAAAUUUCAAGGGUCAAACGUCGAACUUGCGCGCAGGUUUCUCUUGAAGUGUUAUUUCUCUCGUAAAGGAUCUACGCGUCAAAAUGUCCACGUCGGUGACAGACAAGCUUCUAGAUGAUAUGAACAGCAUACCGUUGGCAGACGAUGAUCCACAAGUGAUAAUACCUGAAGAAGAAGUUCUGGAUAAUAGUUGCCAUAUAUCAGAUGCACUUGGUAGUGGACAUAGCAUGGAUUCUAUACCAUCUACAUUCACAAAUGGAAGUUGUAGUCCUAAUAGUUUAGAUCCUGAUAUAAGCCCAGAUGAACAAGAAGAGAAAGCGAGAUUAAUUGCUCAAGUGCUUGAACUUCAAAAUACAUUAGAUGAUUUAUCUCAAAGAGUAGAUAGUGUAAAGGAAGAAAACUUGAAGUUGAGAAGCGAAAAUCAAGUGCUAAGCCAAUACAUUGAAAAUUUAAUGUCUGCAUCAAGUGUGUUUCAAUCUACAAGUCCCAACACUAAAAAAAAGUGAAUUCAUGUUGUUAUAUUAGAUGUUGAUGAAACAGAAAUCUUAAAAUAAUGUGAUCUUUAAUCUUUGAAUGAAUAGUACGUACAUAUUUUCGAUUUUAAUUGCUUCAUUUAAUGAGAAAAGAAUAAAAUUAUUAUAAAUAUAAGAAAUCUCAAAAUCUCGUUUAAUAUAUCGCGCUUAUUUUGUAUUUAUAUAUUUCAUUAAUCUGUGUACGUACUUUUCAUGCUUAAAUUUAAAAGGAAAAAUUUACACAUAUUUCUUUUGAAACACAUAUUCGAAUUCAUUCAACUUUACAAUUCAAAUAUGUGUAUCAGAAAAAAUCAUUCUUUAAUUUUUAUUUCUUAGUCACUGCAAAUGCUUUUUACUUAUAAAACGCUUAUAAUUGUUAUUUAUUUGCCAAAGAAUUCCAUUUUGUAUUUAUGCAAUUAAUAUCGCGUAUAAACAAAGAAUUUCAGUUAUGAUUUAAUAUAAAGUUUUAUAAAGAAUAAAAUGUACGACUUAUAUGAUAUUAAAAUAUAAAAUAAUGUUGUUAAGAUUCAUAAUUCGAUUUCUUAGUAUUUACGGGUGUAUGAUUCGUUUCCAAAAUCAUUUGUUGAAAUUAAUUAUCACUUUUUGGCAUAUUUAUAAAUAAGAAACAAGGGUAAUAAAUGUUUGUAAUUACGGUAUUUAAUCAAAUA